AUGAAUUGCGUUGCGUCGCUUGGGGCGCAUUCUUUCACGACAGCAUACCUACUCUUCGUGAUGGGAUGCGUCGCACAGAAGGUGUAUUUUGACUGUGGUGCCAAGGUGGACGUGGUGGAUGUGCAAGGCCUCAUCCUGUCGCCUGGCUUCCCGUACAACUACUCCUCUGGGACACACUGUGUGUGGCAGUUCGUUGUGCCCGCCGACUACCAGCUCAUGCUGGAGAUAUUUGACUUUGACGUGUUUGAAAGCCACGAUUCCGCCGCUCAGUAUUCCGCCGCGUCCAAUUUUGAAGAAAACGAUGAGGAUCUGACGUUCAACCCGGGCAGCUUGGCGGAGGCGACCUCCUCCGAAGAGCCGGCGUCACAAAGCGCCUCCAAGGCUCAGCAGCCCUUCAGAGAUGGGGGGGUCAAACAGGUGGUGGUCCAGGAGCAGUCCACGAAAAUGGAGAUUGCCAAAGUCUCAAAUUCUGCCAAAAGGUCCGCAGGUUCGCCCUCAUCUCCACCGCCGUCCCUCCUCCUGGUACCGGGGGCCAGGCCUGCAGGUGACAACAAGGCCAUAAACUCCGCCUCUUCGGCCCACUUAAGGACAGACCUAAUUCCCAGUUCAGACCCCAGUGCUGCUGUGGAGGAGACCACAGUAGCUUCCCAGGAGUUCACCAGCACUCCGGCUGUGAGCCCGGAAACCCAGCAGUCUGCGCUCGACACCUGCCCCCACGAUGUCCUCUACAUCUCAGACCUCAUCACCUUUUCCUCCAGGUUCUGCGGGGCCAACCGGCCCCCCAGCAGCCAGCUGGUUUUUGGCUCAAGCCAGGAGAUGGUGGAGGUCAUCAUGGAGCUGAUCACCACCACCCACUGGGGACGGGGCUUUGCUCUCCUCUUCCAUUACUACAACUUGACCGAGCCUGGGGGGGCCCGUCGGGCCUCGCCCCCUUCAGGCAGCAAAGUGGACUCUCUGCUGGCCGCUGUGAGCGGAGCCCUCUUCUUCGCUUUGAUACUCACAGGUGCUCUCUGCAUUAUUUUCAGGCCCAAGCUGUGUCCAAAAAGAGCCGGUUCCUGCACAUCCAGCAACUCUGAGGUUCCAGGGGGAGUUCAGAACACUGGUGCCGAGGUCAGCGAGCUUCAGCUGAUGGCUGAGAAUCAGGCCAAGCUGGAAACGCCCUUAGAGCCGGACAACAACAACGACACCCCACCACACACAGUCAGUGCUGGUGAUGACGUUUCCCAGAACGCCGAGGCAGACCUUUCCUUCAGUGGUCUGACUGAACUGGACCUCGGUGCGGACGAGGUUUUCAUCAUAUCGUCGGCUGCUAGCCCAGGCGGGUUCUCCCUCUACCCUCACACUCAGCGGGAUCGUUUCCUGCGGCACAGUGACACUGGCCCUGCGGGCGACUGGCCCUCGGCAGACCCCAACGCCUCGGCCGCCGGGGCCAGGUCCCUUAAGGAAAGCACGGGCUGCGCCGCCAGGCCGAGAGCGUGGAGCGUGCGCACCUUUCAGGACUUCCUUCCUCCACUCCCGCAGCUUCACAAGAAGUGGUGCAGCUGGAACUCCUCUAGUCCCUUCACCAAGCUUGUGGACAGCGCUCCAUCCAGUUUGGUGGCUGAAUGCCGAGGCGAAGACACCAGGAAGGUCUUCUCCGACGGUCACCUGGAGGCCAAAGCCGACGCCAGCGCAACGUCCGACUCGUCCAUCAGUAACGCCUCCUACCCUCUGACCCAGCACGCUCACAGGCAGCGCCGCCUCAACUCCACCAGCAACCUGCGGCGCUCGCGCUUCACCGGACCUUGUUUUGGCCUUCUCUCCGAGGUCAAAGACUCCCUGAAAGGGACGGGGAUCCCCCCCGGGUCCAGCCCGGAGCCCAGCUCCGGCUCCUCCUCCUCUCUCCAGUGCCAGCUCGACGGCGGCCAGGCCACGAAGAGGCGUGAUUUCUCUGGCGACGGCGAUCACGUCAGCGUGCCCGUGUUCGCCAUAUCCGAGGAGGAGGACCGGCAGCCACUGGUUUCGGCCGAACACCUGGACCAGACCUCUGCUUCAGCCGUGCAGAAUGGACUGGUCACCGGGACAUUCGAGAGUAAGAAGCCUCCUUUAGGGAGCUCCCGCUUCAGCCCCAAGAGGGCCAGAGCAGAGUGGAGGCCAUGGGGAAGCCAGGUGUCCGGAGGGGUUAGUCCACACCCUUCAGGCUCCUUCAGUGAGUCCAUGGCGGUGAGCGACAGCCAGCUGUCCACCCCGCUGUCCACCCCGCGGUCAGCAGGGCUCUGCUCUGUGACAAACCCCAUGCAGUGA